AUGGUCCAUGAUUAUGGAUGCUGUAAUAGUCACAAUGGAGAGUUUAACAGAAAAGUGCAAGAGACCAGCCUGUGGAGUUAUUUUGCCUUUUUCACUCAGAUUGUUGGGGGAAACCAGGUGAAGCAAGGCUCACACCCAUGGCAGGUUUCUCUGAAGAGAAGGCAGGAGCAUUUCUGUGGAGGCACCAUUGUUUGUGCUCAGUGGGCGGUCACAGCAGCUCACUGCUCCCUGGACAUGAACCUGCUGCAAUACCUGCAUGUCAGUGCAGGAGAGCACUGCUUGGGGCUCAGGGAGAGCAGUGAGCAGACACUGCCUGGCACAUCUGUCAGUCAGCACCCCAAGCUUGACCCCAACUCAGUGAACUGUGACAUUGCCUUUCUGAAGCUGGAUGGCACCUUCAACUUCAGUUCAUCAGUUUUGCCAGCAUGUCUUCCUCAUGCAGGUGAAAAGUUUGAAGCAGGAUAUAUCUGCCCUGCUUGUGGCUGGGGCCAUUUAAAGGAAAAUGGACUGCUCCCUCACUCCGUCUUGCAUGAAGUCAAUCUCCCAAUCCUAAACAGCAGAGAGUGUUCAAGAGCACUGUCAACUUCAAAGAAACCCAUCCAAGAUGCAGGAAGAGAUGCCUGCCAGCACACAGGGCCGUUUUUGUGUCGAGGCAAGCACAGGGCCUAGCUUGCUGGUGUCAUCUCCUGGGUGGGAUGUGCCUGCAGCUGGAUAAGGAGCAAGAAGAAGAAACAUUACAACAGAGGAUCCCUGGGACUCCCAGACCUCAGCAUGGUGCUGUGCUGGGUUCAGGAGAACAUGCGUGCUGAUCUGAAAGUGAAAAGCUCCACAGUGUUUUGUAGUGUUCAGGAUGGCAAACUCUGCAAGAGUGAAGGGGAAGUACAUUUUCCUGGAAGGCCUAAACAGUUCUAUCAAAACCAUCAAUUAUGUGUAUGGAGUGUAUUUGUGCCAGAAGGGAAUUACAUAUGGCUUCAUUUCUCCCACUUUGAUGUAGAGCCAGAAAUGUUCUGUGACUAUGCUUCGUUAUCAGUCUAUUCAAAAGAUGACAGACUUGUGGGGAAAUUCUGAGGAGGAGAUGCACCAUUACCUCUUUUGAUUGGCUCCAACAGUAUAAGACUGAAAUUUGUUUCUGAUGAUGAGGAUUAUGGAACUGGUUUUUCCAUCACCUACAAAGCUCUUACACCAGAUAUUCUCCUGGUAAGUUUAAGCCAAGUAAUUGAGUCCCUCUUUGAAGAAGGAGUGUUGGAGAGUAUGCACUACCCAGAGCACUGCAGCAACCUGGCAGGCUGUCAGUGGAGUAUCUGUGCUCCAGAGGACUAUGUAGUCAAGCUUACAUAGCAGUCUGUUGAAGUAGAAGAGAGUGAAGACUGAUUCUAUGAUGCCAUGACUGUGUAUGAAGAUGUGGGAAAAGAGGGGGAAAUUGUCGAGUCUUGUGGAUUUGCCCUACCAGCACCUGCUCCAAGCUCCUCUGCUCUGAUGCUGGCUGUCUUCCACUCCGAUGAAACAGAGACCUUUGGAGGACUCAGAGCUACACUCUCCUUUGUCCAUGUGCUAGAUUUAAAUAUUUUGAAUUCAACUAAAGAAGAAGAUUUUGAAAACAUGAAUGUUAGUGAAGAAGAAAUAAAGGUUACAACAGAGGAUGUUUGUGGAAUGCCUUCAAAUCAGCCCAGGUUCCUCUUCAGCAGCAUAACUGGAGAUGAAGAAGCUGUGCGCCAAACUGCAGAUGAGCACAUCUGUGGAGGAGCAGUCCUUGCCCAAGAAUGGGUUGUCACAGCUGCCCACUGCCUUCAUUCCAGAUGAGAGCAGGAAGCAUACGGAGAGUUAUGGAUGGCGGUACAAGGACUUUAUGAUCUUACAGAGUAGGAGUACAGACAGAAAAGAUCAAUCAAGCAGUAUUUCAUACACCCAAAUUUUAACGAGACCACUCUGGACUCUGACACUGCCCUGCUGCAACUGGCUGAGCCCUUGGAAUUCACCCCCUCCGUGCUCCCAGUGUCUCCUGCCGGGGAGGAGGUGCUGUAGCUCUCGAGGAUGUGUGUGGUCACAGGGUGGGGUGCACCUGAAGCAGACAGAGAAAAGGGGAAAAAGCUGCAGCAGCUGGAAGUCCCCAUCCUGGCACCUGACAUAUGUCAGAGCUAUUACAUUAACUUCCCAGUAAAGUGACUCUGGGGAUGAUUUCCAGGAUUCCCUCUGGAGGAAGGCAAGGACUCAUGCACAGGUGAUUCUGGAGGCCCAUUAGUAUGUUCCUCAGAAAACAACUUGGGGUUUUACGCUCUCCAUGGAAUUACUAGCUGGGGCUUGAGAUGUGGAAGGAAGAAUACAUACCCAGGAGAAUACACUAAUGUUAGGUUUUGUUUUGAUUGGAUCAAGAAUAAUAUUAAUAGUAGUGAGCUCCCCAUUUUCAUUGUGUGA